AUGGCUAAUUUGUCUUUUGCGCUUCUUAAAAUUGGGGCUUUCGAUCAAGCAGAGUCGCCGGGAAAAUCCGCGCUGGACGAGAGGGAAAACAGUUUGGGGAAAGACCACCCGGACACCAAUAUGUCCAUGUCAAAUCUGGCCAUGAUAUACAAUGCCCAGUUCAAACGAGUGGAGGCGGCGGGCUUGAUGAGUGAAGCAGCCCAGCGAAGCUCCAACAAACUGGGGGACGAACAUCCUAUCACGCUUCUUUGCGUCUUCAAUCUAGCUGUAAUUCGCUGCGACCAAGGACACAAAGGUGACGCGAUGCGCGUAUGGACGACAAUUUUGCCGAAGAUGCGGGCUGCCUUGGGGGCUGGACAUGAAUCCACUGUC